ACUACAAUUCCCAGCAUGCAUCACGAACCCGGUUCCUAGCCCGAUGACUGGCUUCUCGAGCAGCUCGGCUUCUCAAGCUCCCGUCUCUAAUUGACCUCGCCUCCAGCCUCGUGCGUGGGUGCGCCCCGGGAGCCGACAUGGCUGUCCUCGGAGUGCAGCUGGUGGUGACCCUGUUCACCGCCACCCUCAUGCACAGGCUGGCCCCACACUGCUCCUUCGCCCGCUGGCUGCUCUGUAACGGCAGCCUGUUCCGAUACGUACACCCCUCAGAGGAGGAUCUUUGGGUGCUGGCAGGGAAACCAAGGCCCAGAGGCAGGAAGGAACGGUGGGCAAAUGGCCUUCGUGAUGAGAAGCCAUUGUUAGUGCCUCGAGACGCCCCUUUCCAGCUGGCUACCUGUCCGCUCACUGCUGUGGAUGUCCUAGUGCUGCGCUUCUUUCUGGAGUACCAGUGGUUCGUGGAUUUCGCCGUGUACUCCGUUGGUGUGUACCUCUUCACCGAGGCCUACUAUGCUGUGCUGGGCCCGGUUCAGGAGGCCAACAUCGCUGUGUUCUGGUGUCUGCUCACACUGGCCUUCUCCCUCAAAGUGUUCCUCAUGGUGACUCGGCUGUACUUCAGCGCCAGGGAGGGCGGCGAGCGCUCCGUGUGUCUCACCUUUGCCUUCCUCGUCCUCCUGCUGGCCAUGCUGGUGCAGGUGGUGCGGGAGGAGACCCUGGAGCUGGGUCUGGAGCCAGGUCUGGCCAGCGUGAUCCAAAACCUGGAGCCUGUUCUGAAGAAGGAAGGGUGGGACUGGGCACUCCCCGGGGUCAAGCUGGCUGUCCGCCUUGGGCUGGCGGUGCUAGGCUCCUUGCUGGGCGCCUUCCUCAUAUUCCCGGGCCUCAGGCUGGCCCAGACCCACCAGGACGCGCUCACCCUAAAUGCAGACCGGCCCCUGCUGCAGCUGCUCCUGCACACCAGCUUCCUGUCACCCCUGUGCACCCUGUGGCUCUGGACAAAGCCUGUCGCCCGUGACUUACUGUACCAGGCACCCAUGAAGAACGCGACCACUUCUCUACCAUCGGAAGGGGCCUUCGACUCCCUGCGCCUCUGGGCGCUGGUGGUGCUGUGCCUGCUGCGGCUGGCUGUGACCCGGCCACACCUACAGGCCUACCUGUGCCUGGCUAAGGCUCGAGUGGAGCAGCUUCGCAAGGAGGCUGGCCGCAUCGAGGCCCGGGAGAUUCAGCAGCGGGUGGUCCGGGUCUACUGCUAUGUGACCGUGGUGAGCCUCCAGUACCUGACACCGCUCAUCCUCACCCUGCACUGCACACUGCUGCUCAAGACCCUGGGCGGCUACUCUUGGGCCCUGGGCCCUGCUCCAACCCCACUGGCGCCACCCCAGUCCUCAGACACUCUGGUGUCUGUGGACCCUGCCGAGGACGAAGCCCAGCGGACUGCGGCCCAGGUGGCAGGGGUCCUGGGCAGCCUGCUGACGCCCCUGUUCCUCCGUGGCGUGCUGGCCUACCUCAUCUGGUGGACCGCUGCCUGCCAGCUGCUCUCCAGCCUCUUCGGCCUCUAUUUCCACCGGCACCUCGCAGCUGCCUAAUGAGAUGCCACUGGGCGCUGGCAUCCGAUCCCUGUCCACCAGGACUGGCACUGUCCCGUGUGUGUACCUCAGUCCCGAGAUGACCCGGGGAUAAUCUCACCCCAGUGCCUAGAUUGUGGGCCGGUUGAAUCGGGUCCCCUGGACCUGGAGGCCAUGGUCCUCAAGUGUGUGUGCGUGUGAUCAGGAUUUCAGUGGGAGGCUGCUCUCAGAAAAGGGGCGGCGGCUUUCACAGACUAUACCGAAGGCUGGGGAGCCGAGUAGGGCAGGCUUGUGUGGUAAGGGUUAGGAGAGUGCUGUUAGGUAGGAUUGGAGAAAUGGAGGAGGUUGGGGGUGGCUAGGAGAAAGGUGGGGGGGCUCAGGCCCCGCACCCACGUCCCCUGGGGCCUGUCACUGUCCACCCAGAGGGAAAGACAAGAGUCCCAUGUCCAUCUCCCCAGCAUACUGGGAGACUGAGGCAGGAGGGUUAGCUUAGACUAGUAACAAGACCAUGUCUCUAAACGAGAGAAAGUGAAGUGUGGGGGGAAGGAGGGAUCGUCGCCGUCUUGGGAGCUGAGGUGACUGCUGUGAUGACUUGAGGGCCUUGGUGACUGAGGGUUACCACCAGCUCCAGAGCUAGUGUGUGUGCGUGUUUUAUGAGGUGUGCAUGGGCUUGUGUGUGUGCUAGUGUGUUUCGUGACCUCCUACAUAAUGUGUACUGAGAAUAAAGACGAGGGCUCCUGGGGUGCUGCCUGGGGACACGGCCAGUGGUAUGGAGAAUGGCCAUGUUCCGGAGCCAGCGCUCAGGCAGAGCCCUGAGGUCUCCCUCUGGCAAGAAGGCACCAGGUGUCUGUUGGGAAGGGUUAGGAAAGUGGCUGUGCACAGGCCCACAGUUGCCAUGACGAUAGGGUCCAGACCGGCUUAGCACUCAGGCCUUAUCGUCUGCCUUGAGACAGGGUCUCUUGCUCACCCCAAGCCCUCAGGUUAGCUGCUCAACAAGCUUCAGGGGCUCUGGCGCCCACCUCCCCUCUUGCCACGGGAGUGCCGGUGUGACGCUUGUGCUGCUCUGCGGGUUCUGGGAAUCUGAACUGAGGUCUUGAUGACUUACGCAAGCAUGGCUGAGGUGUGUGUGGCACGGAUCAUGGGAUUUCCUGCCUCUUGGGGCAGAUUCCCAGACUGACCCUGACAAGGGCUGUGAGAGCUUGUGAAGUUGCAUGGGAAUCAGAAGUGGGCAAGUAAAGGGGUCUGCCUGCAGGGGUGCAGAGAGAGACAACACUGGGAACCAGGGCUGUGCUCUGCAGGACUUCAGAGUGGAGGGCACACACCAGACACUUGGCUGAUGUCCUGUGGCUGAUGUCUCUGUUGCCAGCAUGGGGAGCACAGCUGAUGACUGACUAGAGGCAGGCUAGCCACCAGCACUAUGCAAGAAUUUGAAGUCAGCCUGGAUUAUAUAUCUCUGAUACUUAAAUAAAUAUAGGAAGCAUUUUA